AUGGAGUUUGAUCAUAGUAAUAAUCAAGAUGAUUUUUGCACACCCCCUAAAGAUUAUCUUCAAGAUUUUCGUCACCUCGAUCAAAAUUUCAUGAUCGAUAGGAAUAAUAUUUAUGACCCGUUAUUCGAUCCACUCUCAAAUCAUGAUGAUAACUUCUCAUCAAUUGGUCAAGAUUUCAAUUUUGGUUAUGAAUUCAAGCCAUUUGAGCAAAAUGGUAGUGCAAGUGGUAGCACAUUAGUCAUGAAGAAUUUUGAGAGUUCUAUGGAUAUGAAUUACAACUUUAUUUGUAAUCAAGAUAUGAAGCCUAUCAACUUCAAUGUUGUGCCUGAUGAAAGUUCAUGUGUUACUAAUACUAUUGAUAUCAAUGGUACUAAUUAUAUUUAUGAUGAUAAAGAAAUUGAUGGAAGAAAGAAUGUGAAAAUUUUAUCUUCUUCUUCAUCUAUGAGAAAAAUAGGAAGGGCUACUCGAAAUAAGUCAAAAUCAGUCAAAGGUCAAUGGACUAUUGAAGAAGACAGGAUUUUGAUCAAUUUGGUAGAGAGAUUUGGAGAUAGAAAAUGGUCACAAAUAGCACAAGUAUUGAAAGGGAGAAUAGGGAAGCAAUGUAGAGAAAGGUGGCACAAUCAUCUUAGACCUGAUAUCAAAAAGGAUUUGUGGACGGAGGAGGAAGACAUGAUAUUAAUCAAAGCACAUGCAGAAAUAGGUAACAAAUGGGCAGAAAUAGCAAAGAAACUUGUUGGUAGAACUGAGAAUUCGAUAAAGAACCAUUGGAAUGCUACAAAAAGAAGACAAUUUUCGAGACGAAAAUGUCGCACAAAAUGGCCUAGGCCAAGUUCGAUCCUCCAAAAUUAUAUCAAAAGUUUAAACUUCGAAAAGAGUAAUAAUAAUGCAGGUAAAUCUACAGAGCCAACAAUUGAAGAAGUUCCUGCAAAUUACGAUAAUUUCAAUGAUGAAUUUGGUUUGGAUAACAAACUGUUUGAUGAUUUGGAGAUUCCAUAUGAACUGAUGCAAGAUGGUGAAGAAAAUCAUAAGGAGCUUGACUUGAUGGAUUUUGAUUAUUCAGAGUAA